AUGGCCAAGAUCCCAAGGAGCUUCCGGCUUCUGUCUGAGUUGGAGCAUGGCGAGAAAGGUAUCGGUGAUGGAAGUUGCAGUUAUGGUUUGAAGGAUCCCGAUGAUAUUGCCAUGUACGGGUGGAACGGGACGAUUCUGGGACCACCCCAUUCCGCCUACGAGAACCGUAUAUUCAGCUUGAGCAUCUACUGCGGCGAUACGUAUCCUGACACCCCUCCUAUCGUCAAGUUUGAAAGCAAGAUUAACCUUCCAUGUGUUGAUCAGACCAACGGACUGGUCAACUUUUCUCGAGUCGCAUCUAUCAGUUCCUGGAAGCGAGACUUUACCCUAGAGACAGUCUUGGUAGAGUUGCGACGCGACAUGGCAUCUCCUGCGAACCGUAAACAACCUCAACCUCCCGAGUUUUCAGAAUUCCCACCGCUUGAUCUCGCCAAACUAGCCAAACAACGCAAGUGA